AAAUUGCUGGCUAAUUUUCACCAUCACUUGACCUUAGAUAGUGUAGUUUUAGUUUGUAGAAUCUUUCCCACCCGCAUUUUGGUUGAUGCCCCAGCAGACAUGGAUUGCAACAGGAACAAUGCAUUUUCAGAGAAGCUAAAGGAACAAGUGCACGGAUCGUUCGACCGUAUCCGGAAGGCACUGGACCUGCGGGAGAAGCUGCUGCUGAGACAGCUGUCGGUCGUGGUCCAGCAGUCGCACCAUGUCACAUUCCAGUUUGAUAACAUAAAGUUUGUGGACAACGGCGAGGAGGAGCUGAUUGGCCGGAUCCGGACGUACGGGAAAUACAAUAUAGAUAAUUUUAACAUCAUACUUAAAGAUCCGUACGAGAACGAGGAGUACAUCCAGGAUGAUCACGAUUUGAUGCAUAAAAGCUGUCGACGGGGAGUUGGGGAUGACGAACGGGAAAAUCCGGAGAGUGAGGAAAUUGUGGUGGAAUUCUUCAACAACAAGAGCCUUAUCAAGGAGGGUGCGGAAAUGGUGCGGGAGUCCAUUAUCAAUCUGGCCCUGAACGAAAGCAAAGAGCUGAUCGAUAAGAGUUUCAAUGAAAGUGCAGAGCUGCAGCUGGAGGAGGAUCUGGAACGCAUCAAAAUCGAUCUAACAAACUUUCGAAAUCGCGAGCGCAUUGUAACAGAUUCACUUUCAACGCAAGGUGAAGGUAGAAAGGCAUCUGUUGAUAUUAGCAACAACAACGGAAUCAGUCAGUGUGGGGCGUUUGGAAUUGACCCAACAAAAGUUGCCAGGCAGCAACAGCAACAGAUGAUAACGAAAGCGUCCCAAACUGAGUUGGACAAGGCAGGUAGACACGGCAGUGGCGGUAACGUUUCGUCCAGCACCGACACUGAGCGCAGUCUCGUGGCCAAAAGUAGCAAACAGCACGUAGAAAAGAGCAUGAAACACAUUUCUAAUCUGACGAUGAACAAUUGCGGCGGCACAAUCAACCUUAAAAACGUUACAAAUCUAACGAUAAACACCUGCCCGGAAGAGUCGCCGGUCAAAUCGGCCGAGCCAAAGUCUCCCCCGGCGGUCGCGCGUUGUCCCUCCGAGGAAGGCAGCCCAGAGUGUGGCUUCUACAAGCGUCUCAUCACGGAGAAUAAAAUACUUCGCCAGCACAUCCUAAAGACUAGCCUGGCAUCGGCGCACGUGCCAAAUCCGCAGUCUUCCGAAUCGACCAACGUUACCAGUUCGGAAUCCCCGCGGCCACCGUCCGAAUCUUCGUCCUCCGACGGCUCUUCCGACACCAAACCACAACGGCUGCCCCUGACGGUGGCGGAACUGCGCGCCGUACUGAACCUGCCCCAGCAGGACGAUACCCUGACGCAGGUGCUUGGCGAUUUGUUUGCGCUGGCCUCGCCGACGACGGCCGCAGCCGUAGUAGCUGAUGUUGCGGCGAAAGAACCAAUCGCAGCCGCCGCCCCCGGUGCAACGCAAGAGCACACGAUGCAAAUUCAGCAGUGGCUCAAGCAAAUCAUCUCCGAAACCGAAACCGAACCACUGCAGAACGCCGAACUGAUGGAGUUUAGCCACAUCAACAAUUAGAAUAAUGUUUAAAGGUAAUUUGUUGAUUGUGAUGAUUGUAUUUGCUUAUAAUUUAUUCAUGUUUUCCAAGGUUGUUAAUCGAAAGGUUAUCUGCGAUAAAUUACGAUAAUCCACCGAUUUGUAGUUAUAAAAGCGAAUUGCGAAACUAUACCUUCCCCAAUGAAGGAAUGCUAUAAAAUCUCUCAAAAAAUAAAAUAGAAAUUAAGAUUUCAUUUUAAAAACAUUUACGUUUCUAAAUAAAAUACAUUGUCACUACUGUUCAAUGAUUAUCGUUAUUUAUCGUUGAACAUCUAUGACGAAACGAUUACAUUGUUAACAACUUUGAUGCUUUCCAAACUUUUAUCUUUUUUCAUCUUUUUUCUUUACCAUAUAAUUUUUAUUCUCAAAUUUAUUUUUUAAUUGUAAGCUCCUAAGUUUUUUUUUCCAAAUUUCAUUCUAAAUAUGAAGAAUCUAAAAUUUUCAAAACAUUUUUCAAGGAUUUUGUCUUUUUAGAAGUUAUAACUCUCUGGCGCGAAAAAAAAAUAAAACAAAAUUGACUGGACCUAGCAAACCAAAGGGAAGUCAUCGUUCAAAAAAAUGAUGACAAACUCAUUCCACCAAUCGCAUCGUUUGCAUCGCAAAUCAUUAAAUUCUAAAAUAUUUUUUUCUACAUUCUGCAUGUUUUACGCCGCGAAUCUAAGUGUAAGAAUCAAAGUUCCGUGAAGAUUACAUAGGUUUAAGUUAAACUCAAAAACUAAAAUAUAAUCAAAUCUGUGAAAUUCCCUCCUGCGCGAAUCCUUCCACGAUUAAUGGAGUCUAAACGAACGUUCCGAAUGCAUAACAUGAUAUCAUCACUUUUAAAGUCAACAAAUUUGUGAUUGUAUUAGUUUAGCUAGAUUAUUUUCUUUUGAUUUUCACAAUAAUUGUGGUACUUUUCUUACACCAAUUCCGUUCAAUCAUUCAUGAAUGUGACCAUUUUAAAGUGUAGCCGUUUUUUAAAAUGACAAAUCCGUGUUGUAUAUAUUUAAUCAAUCAGUUACAAUAUUAUAAACCGUGUUAGUUAAAACAAAUAACAAUACUACACCAACGGAAAUCUAACGAUUACUUAUUCACACUUCCAAUAAAUGAGGGGCUUAGAACUGCUCGAACACGACAAAUUAAAAAAAAAAAAAAAAAAAAAAAACAAAAUUUUAAACUGCACACAGCGUACACUUAUCUCGGUGCAAAACCUAACGCGGCAAAGUGACUAUAGUCGGUGUAGCGGCGAACAGAAUAGUAAUCGCAUUCAGCCCUUUUAAACGUAUUAAUCCUAUUGGUUUCACGAAAACAAACAAACUCACACACGCAUGUAUGCUAAAUAAUAAUAAAGAUGAAAUAAUAAUAAAAUUGCUUGUAUUAAAAAAAAA